CCUAAACUGAAUUAAGACCAGCUCACUGCCCCACACCCUGUUCAGUGCUCAGCGCUCAGUGUCCUGCCUCUACGGAUAACAACACAGCCACAGCCAGAGUCAGCUCAAGAUGGAGGCGCCUCGACCCAAAGUGAAGUCCCAUAUGAUCUGGUCCAUCAUCACCACACUUUGUUGCUGCCUGCCUCUGGGAAUAGGUGCCAUCAUUUGCUCCAGAAGGGUGGACAAGGCAAACUUGGAAGGGGACGUGACCUGGGCGGAGGAGGCGUCCAGGAAAGCCAAGAUCCUGAACAUCACAGGCUUGGUGUGUGGAAUCCUUCUGAUGGCCAUUUUUGUCAUCCUGAAACUCAUGCUAGUCAAGGAGUGAUACCAGCCCCGGCGGAGACACACCCUAAAACACGCUCAGAACAGAAUUCUCACUAUCCACCCCUCUCACUCCUGUUGCAGCCCCCCCAACAUCAACAGUAACGGUAUAAUCCUCCCAGUGCACUGCCAGUGAGCUUCACUGUAUGUUAAAUCUGUCUGCCUCACAGAUAGAGGAACAGGACAGGGUCUAUGCUACUGAGUAAUGUUUACAUAGAAGUAGAUGUUGCAUGGCUGGGUUUGACUUUAGAAUACAUAACUGUGUGUUUACAUUUUA